CCGUUCCGGCCUGUUCCGGCCAGCAGCUGCGACUGUCAGCUGUUCGAUAUGGAACGAUAGCAAAGCAAGCAAAGUGCAGUCACUUGUAGGAGUCGGCCGUCGUCGGACACAGCCAGGAUCGAGCCCCGGAGCCGAAAGCAGAGGCAGGCAGCCAGCGUAGCGGACGAGCGCGUGUCCCUCUCUCUCUCGCUCGUUACCAGCGCGCGAGCGGGACAGACGGCGGGGGCGGACGGCGCCGACAGCGAAGGGGGAGAGGUACUCGGCUCGAGGUGCGCGAGGUACCCGCGCUGCGCGUACCGAGCGCUCGUACGCGAGCACCCGCGGACGGCGCAGACGAGAGAAGAAAGAAGUUUACGUUUAUACGGGAGAGCGUGUGGGCCGUGUGGCGUGUGUUCCUCUCGCGCGCGCGCGUACGCACGUAACACGCACGGACGCACGUGCCGCCGAGAUUUAUGCGAGAGAUCCCGCGCGAGAUCAACCUGGAUGUAUUAACGCAAGGGCUAAGGUACAGCAUAUCAGGACUCAUGAACCUCGCGGCGAACCAGACGUCCGACACGACGUCCGACGCGCAGAGCAACGGGCCAUACUUCGUCAACUUCAAUCAGGACUGCACGUCCUUGGCGGUGGGAUCGAAGUCGGGAUAUAAACUUUAUUCCAUCAGCUCCACUGGGCAUCUUGAGAAAAUAUAUGAAAAUGAUGAUGCAGACUUCGAGGACAUAUGCAUCGUCGAGCGAUUGUUCAGCAGUAGCUUGGUGGCAAUCGUUAGUCUUAAAUCCCCUCGGACGCUUACGGUGUGCCACUUUAGGAAAGGGACAGAAAUAUGUAACUACAGUUACUCAAAUACAAUUUUGGCUGUGAAACUCAACAGAGCGAGAUUGGUGGUGUGUCUGGAGGAAUCGCUAUACAUUCACAAUAUACGAGAUAUGAGAGUGUUGCACACAAUUCGCGACACUCCGCCUAAUCUUACAGGUCUUUGCACACUUUCGCCAAAUAGCGACAAUUGUUAUGUAGCUUACCCAGGAUCGAAUACGAUUGGGGAAGUCCAGAUAUUUGACGCAAACCAUCUUCAAGCCAAAACAAUGAUACCUGCGCACGAUAGUCCAUUGGCAGCGAUCGCUUUCAGCUCGAACGGCACCAAAGUGGCGACAGCCUCUGAAAAGGGCACUGUGAUUAGAGUCUUUGACGUUCACGAGGGUACAAAGUUAUUCGAAUUUCGACGCGGAGUUAAGAGAUGCGUCACGAUAAACAGUCUUUCAUUCAGUAUGGACUCCAUGUGGCUCUGUUGUUCCAGUAACACGGAAACUGUGCAUAUAUUCAAGCUGGAGGAACCAAAGGAAACGCCAAACAAACAAACUGCAGACGAAGCACAAAGCUGGAUGGGAUAUUUGACGAAGGCUGUGACAGCGUCGGCUACAUACUUGCCGUCGCAAGUGACUGACGUUUUUACUCAAGGACGUGCUUUCGCUAGUGUUCACCUACCGUUUCAAGGUUUAAAAAAUGUCUGUGCCAUCACUGUUACACAUAAAGUACCAAAACUGUUAGUAGCUAGCGCCGACGGUUACUUAUACGUCUAUUCCGUGGAUCCAACAGAAAGUGGAUGUUGCACCCUUAUAAAACAACACAGAUUAGACGAUAAAGAGCGGGAUGAAUCAGAUUGUGGCGGUUCUGGUUCAGGGACAGCAGCUACCGCGAAUAAUACAAAUACAGCCUGCAUAAAUAGCUACGCGGGUGUGUUGCGUGGCCGCUCGCCAGACUCCAUGUCAGGUACUGAGUCAGAGAAGUAUCAAGAGAUGAUAGCAGCGACGGAAAGCCCACCAAAAGGCGGCGGCCCGUUUCGUCUGGACGACGAUACCGAAUUCCCACCUGUCACGCAAAGGACAGACUGAGCGUAACACACACAAUUAAGGCAUAUCAAAAGCUCAAGCCGAACGGAAAUGAGAGAAAAGCCGUGCAAGAGCAACGAAAAGGCAAACGAGGGGCAUAGAGUGCAGAGGACGUCCAGUAUUUACAGGCGACCGUAUAUCCAGUACUCCGAGUUCAAUAGAACCAAAAACAAACAAAAAAAAAUCUGUAGACGUUGUUACCGAGAUUGUCACAUACCUUGUACGCGUUAAAGAUUUAAAUGGAAUGUGCACGCUAAUCGUCAGGGAGAUCGGUCUUUGAUAUGCGUACAAGAGAGAGAAGUACCCCAAAGGGGUAGCACUCUCGGUUUAUAUUACUGAGCUCGCGGAUUUUUAAGCGAAAUUUCUUUCGUUAGUUAACUAGGCAUUGCAUUUGCAAAAGUAAUGCAAUAUAUCGCGCGGGGAAUAUAGUAAUCCAAUGAUAACGAUUUUGAAGCGUUUACCGCAGGAAUUGUGUAAUGUAUCGUAUCUUUCACGAACACAGAGGCUAUAGGAGCAUGAAGUAUCGUACUUCUACAUUCUAAUAUUUCUGUGUUUUAUAUGAAGUACCUUAUACAGAAAACGUGCGUUUUUUAGCCUGAGAUGUAGCCUCCAAUAUCGGAAAUCAUGGACCAGUGUAAUUAAAUUAUUUUACUUUGACGAAAUGCCAUGUUCUAAGCGAUUCAGAAAAGCGACAGUUAUUAUUUGUCUGGAUUUUCAUACAUACACGAUGUAUAUUUUACCAAAAAAUUAUUUUAGUUUUAAGAGCACUGACGAUGAAAAGUUGAUAAGUACAAAGAUAUUCAGUCUGCUUGGCUAAUUGAUGAAAACCAAUAUAAUCUAUUAGAAGAUUAUGCAAUUUUUUUUUAUAAAUAGACGAACGUGAAACUGAUCUCAUCCAAAUUCUGACAUAUCCCGAGUAAUGUAUUUUAAAUAUAAAUUCGCAUGUUAAGUAAUUAUGUUCAUUGAUGUUUACAUCAUUGCCUCAAAAUCGAUAUAAACAGAAUUGGAUUUAUGCUUCCUACCCCAUUAUAGAAACUAUACAAAGCGGCAGGAUGUAUUUUUGCUGUGUUUAAAACACACGAUUGAAUCUGCGACACAGCUCACACCUGUUUCAUUGGAUUGCUAUAUUUUUUAUGGUAAAAUCUUUGUCUUCUUUGUGUUCAACAAAGAAAGCUCAUCUUUGCGAGGUAAAGAUGUAAAGACAUAUAAAUAUGUGUGGUAAAUUGUCGAACGAUGAGCUUCAGCUGUAAUUCUUGUAUAAAAUGUAAGAUCUUUUGACAUACGUUAGCUUCUUGUAAUAGAAGAAUGUAAAACACGAUCAGGAGGUUGUAUAAUUUUGCCAAAAAAACGAAUAUCAAUUUUGUAACGAUAUGAUGCUUUGUUGGCAUUUAGAAUUCAAGAAGUACUUCAGUCUUUACGUGACAAAUACGAGACGAUGAAGUAACGACAAAUGAUAACAGAAACAAGUAUAAGAUAUUUAAAAAUGUGGGGGGAAAAAAGGAUUCAUUCCAUCUUUCUUAAAAUCUGAAAACGUUUUAAAAAUUAUUCACAUUAUCUCGUAUCAACAGGAUAAGUUUCAAAACUACGCGUGCUGAAUUUUAAUUCGAUGAGAGUUUUGUAUCUGUUAUUAUCAGACAUCAUAUGCUGUAUAUCUUAAUGCUUUAAAUCAGAUUAUCAUGUGUAUAAUAUGUAAUCGUAUCGAAUGUGCAAUAAGUCUCUUUGAGCGCUUUUUCGAAUCGAUUAUCGAAAAUUGUCAUGACAUGUAAUUUGUAUAAAUAGCUAAUUAACAGUAGGAACAGAGAAUCUUCGGUUUGCGUUUUCGUUUAGUACCGAACUUCGUUAGCAAUCGUUUGACUGCGAAUAAAAUCUCUCCAUUGAUCGGUGCCAAUUUACCGGAAUAGAAAGACGACACUGGCGCUGGCGAAGAUAUUUGGUCGUUGUAUAAAUUAAGUGAGGUACAGCCACGUUUUCUUUUUCAUUGAUUCUUCGUAGCGUAUUGUGUAAUUUAAUGGAUCUUAUAAUAUAUCUCGGAUUACAAUAGGAAGUUUCUCUCUUUCGUGUGAACCGAGGUAUUCGACGCGAUCGCGAGUAUGUCAGUAUCGUAGAUCCAUAAAUGUGUCAUGUCGUUACGGCGGUUUUAUACUAACGAGUUUUAUUUGGUAAAUAGUCUUACUUUUAUAAAGAUAAAUAAAAGCGUUAAAAUAACCAAUGUACAUAUGAACGUGCUAAGGCUUAAGCUUUGAACGUCAUUGCGUAUGAAGUUUCUUAUUAACACACGUGAUUGUGCUGGUCUGCAAAUGAAAAAA